GUUCAUGACCUUUUCUUAGGCAAAGCAGUUUUCGGAACUUGUUUUCGAGUGUCCUGAUUGCAGAUGUAAUGAUUUUCCUCGUAACAUUAGUUGACAAACUCCAGUCCUACUGUACGCACUAAAGCAGUCAUGAAUGAGUGCAUUUAUUUCAGUGUCCGCCUCAAUAGAAGGGAAGAGGGACAAGGGACAGAGAGAACAAAACUAGGCUGACAGAUGAAAACGAAAUAUCACAUGGACCAGCCGAUUCUAGUUAUUAGACCGAAUGCCUAUCAACCCUUUCUCCUCUGCCUUCCUCCUCUCGUUGGACAUUCUCACAUGGAGCGCCCAAGCCAUAGUUGGCAAAUCUUUUUUGAGCUGUGCAGUACAAAAGACCUACAGAGUCCUUCACCACCGAACCUUCGUUUACCCUGAACGCUGCACGGCUUCUCGCGCCCAAGCCGUUCAGUCUGGCGAAGACGCACAGUAGGUGAAUUGUUUUACUUUCUGGACCUUGCUGCUUGUGAUGCACUCAGGUAGUCUCCUGUGUCGUGGACAUUUCGCCUGCAAAUGUACAUGUAUGCAGUCGACUUCUCUUUGAGACGAACAGACAUGUUCAAAAUUCUCUUCAAGGCUGCUCGGAGCACUGAGUACUUCACUGCCAAUCACAGGUCUCAGCUCACAGCUAGCUGUCUAAUUGAGGUCGGAGCCAAAUGUGGACCUGCUGCGCGGAUUUGGGCCAACUGCCUCUCUGCGUGAAGAAGUGAAGGAACAAUUUGUUCACUUCGCCUGGCAUGUACGCACUCUCCGAACACCAGGAUGCUGUCUCCAACACCUGCAUGGUCCUCAUGUCUGCUGUGGGGUUCGUUGAUGAUUGUCGUGUUCCAGUCCCAAUUGGCUGUCGCUGACUCGCAAACAGACGGAGAAUUCCUUCAACGAUUCAAAAAGAGUGCCAUCGACAGACGACACGAGCUCGUUUCUUGGGUGAAGGGAUCGGACCUGUGUAACGCAAGUCAGCCCUGGAGAGGGGUGGCAUGUGAACCUUCGGAUACGGGUAGUCUUAGUAUUCACAGCCUUGAUCUUCACGGCCUUCAUCUCUCAGGCUCCGACUCCAGUAUCAGCCAUCUUGGUGCAUUAGUUAGUCUUGAUACUCUGGACUUGUCUGACAAUUUUUUUUCUGGUCCCGUACCAGACACGCUGAGUUUGUUGACCAGACUCAGCGAAUUACGGCUGCAUAGAAAUUCCUUCAAUGGAUCCAUCCCCGAGCUGCCUACGAGGUUAAAGCGUAUUUUGCUCCAAUCCAACGAGCUCACUGGUGAUAUUGGGAAUUUAGGGAGCGUGCUCGAACCUGAAGAGGUGGAUAUUCAUGGAAACAACCUCACCGGAGGACUCGAUAGUGCUGUUGUUCUACGAUGGACUGACAACUCCUUGUACAUCUUGGAUGUCUCCGACAACCAAUUGGAGGGGCGUUUGCCGCCAGCCCUAGCAAUUGCUGGGUCAAGAGUCAGUGAAGGUGAUCUUGGUGCCUAUUAUAUGAACCUCUCUCUCAACAGGUUCACAGGUGAGAUACCUCAAGGAGCAUGGCGGAUAGAUACUUUGGAUUUCUCCCGCAAUCUGCUGACCGGGACCAUACCUAGUGGAUUGCUGCACAAUGAUGUCACUUCUUACUUGAACUGUUCUAGCAACUUCCUAAGUGGGAUCAUCCUUCCGAGCAAUGAAGCUGGGAAUUCCUGGCCGAGAAAUCUGAGAUCCUUGGACUUGAGCUAUAAUCUGUUGGAAGGCCCUAUACCUGAAACGCUGGUCACUCCCACGAUGUCGAAUUUAUCGGUUUUGGACUCUUUGGAAGUAUUAAACUUACAGAGUAACCGGUUGAGUGGCAGCCUAGACCAUUUCAUGGCGGCAAAGUUCGUAUCUUUGAAGGAACUUCGGUUAAGCAAGAACAACUUUACAGUAGGGGCUAGUCUUGAUCAGCUAGCGAGCAGCAACUUUCCUUCUCUGGAGGUUUUAGAUCUAUCUAGCAAUCUUCUGCAUGGUAUUAUUCCUGCCGGUCUCAGUGACAUGCCAAACUUGAUGGAAAUACGACUCGAUAGCAACUCCCUGACUGGAGAAAUAUCUGCAGCUCGAUAUUCGAGCUGGAACAACUUGGAGGUUUUGGAUGUCAGCCACAAUUAUUUACAGUGGAGUGAAGGCGAUCCAGGUUUGCGAAUUUUUUUUGACGCGUAUGUCAAGCUGCGCGAGCUUCGGUUAGGGAGCAACAAUUUGUCGAGAACUGUCCUUCCAACGAGCACCUCGACAAUGUUAGAUAGUCUUGAAAUUUUGGACCUCAGGGAUAGCAAUCUGGAAGGGUUUAUUUCCCCUGAUCUCUUCAACAACCGUAUGCUGCCGAAGUUGAAGUAUCUGGAUCUAUCCGGGAACCAUCUUACAGGAGACGUGCCCGGCAUAUUCACCCUCAUGCCGAACCUAGUGUAUCUGAAUCUAUCCAGCAACAAGUUAUCUGGCCCUCUUCCCUCAUUUCUCAUCAAUCCGUUCCUGUCAAAUCCUGCCUUCUACUCUGGCAAUCCUGAACUGUGCGGUGGUCCUCUGCCUCCGUGCCCUGACCAAUCGAAACGCAUCAAGAUCUGGGAGGUCCUUGGAAUUGCGCUCAUUUGUGUGAUCGUAUCGGGUGGGAGCUGUUUGUCUCUUGGGUGGAUAUGGCGAUGGAAGCUGGAUGCCAGGCAGCGAAAGCGCGACGCAGACUUGAUAGCUGCAUUGCUGGACAGGGAGACUGCAGCCAUCAUGCCGCUGCGCGACCUCAAGAAGGCCACCGAAGAUUUCUCGGAGACUUACAAGAUCGGAGAGGGAGGGUUCGGAACCGUGUAUUUGGGAACACUGGAAAAUGGCACGUCCGUGGCCAUCAAGAAGAGCACUCGCGAGGGAACGAACGAGGACAAAUGCAGGUUCCUCAGUGAGGUGAAGAUCCUCUCCCAAGUCCAGCACCGCAACCUGGUCCGACUUUUGGGCUGCUGCAUGGCCAGCAAGAUAUGUCUGCUGGUCUUCGAGUACAUUCCGAAUGGCUCAUUGCAGGAGCAUCUUCAGAGAAGAAUGGGCAACGCUAUUUUGAGCUGGAGACAGCGCCUGCAGAUUGCGGUUCAGACUGCGGACGCUCUGGACCACCUUCACUCGGGAACCACUCCUCCGGUGCAUCACUUGAAUGUCAAAUCAGCGAACAUCCUUUUGGACGAAAAGCUGAACGCGAAGGUGGCGGAUUUCGGCGUAUUCAAGCUGACUCCGGCCGCGGACCUGAGUCGUCGCCAGGGCACGGGCCGUCUGGGAUACGUCGAUCCGGAGCCUCGGAAAAGCGCGAGCCUGAGCGGCAAAAGCGACGUGUACGCAUACGGUGUAGUUCUGUUCGAGCUUCUUUCGGCCAGGCCUGCAAUCGACCACACCAGGUAUGAUGGAGAGGCUAGUCUGGCCAAACGGGGAAUCACUCUGCUGGACGGUGGCAGGUUGGAAGAGAUUAUUGAUCCAGCUCUUUCCGAGACCUUUCUGUCUGUCAAGGGGAAGGAGUCAAUGGUGGGCGUGGCGAGAGUGGCUGCCAAAUGCUUGAAUCCCGAAUCCAGGCACAGACCACUCAUGAAGGAAGUGUCGAGAGACUUGCAGACCAUCUGGCGAUUUCACUACGAGCCCGCUUCGCUUGAUGUCGAUGAUGACCAGUUCGCCACUUCUGUUCUCGAGCGUGAUGUUCCUUGGAAUUUUGCUGGAUGUGCCGGUGCCAGCGGCACCAGUUUUCGAAGUCCAGGCUAGCAGUGAGCCCCGGGGUAGUUAUGGUCGCAUGCGUAGUAGCACUCCCGAGCGUCGUCUUCCACUGGCCUAAAGUAGUGCUCGCAUGGCCAGCUCAACACCCACUCCGAGCAUCGGGUAGUGGCUCCUUUUCCUCUGUAGGUUUUGAAUCACAGUAGGACACUUUUUGUCGUUGUCCCUGGUAUGGGCUCUUGACAUAUUCGUACUACAAUCAUCAGGGCUAGCCAAUAUACUAGAUUUGAUUACAGCGUAGGCCUUACAGAGCCCAUGAGUUUAUUGCAUCUGUUUGGUUGACAAGGUCACUUUAGCGAAAUAUAGGCAAUGGUGUAGAGUACAACAACGCUCCCAAAUUCUGACAUUCAGGCCGUGACAUGAUUGCUUCUUACAUGAAUUAUGACGCUGAUUUAGUGCGUUGAUGCAGAGUUAGCAGUUUCGCAGAACGGUAGCCUAGAAAUGAAACCCUGUUGUCAAUACUAAAGCAAGCGUAAAUCCAUUCUGAUAAGCAGGGUCUUAUUACUUGUCAGGUAUUCUGGACAUCUGACUGCUGAAACGUGUUGAAGGUCUUGAGGAAAAGGUCUAUGCCAUCUUUAUAGAGAGAGCACGCAGGCCUUGAGCAGACGGCAAUACCAUUGUGUACUGCUGGAACCUCGCCCCUUCGUCUGCACCUGAGUUUCUCUGGACAGUUUCAAGUGUAAAGGCUUUCUCUCCAUGCAUUGA